AUGGUGCGUGAAGAAGAAGUAGAAGAAGAAGAACAGCGCCCGCGGAAGACGUGUCUCCUGAUCGUCUCCGCCAAGCUCACGUUUCCAGAGACCCGUCUACCUGCUGCCUCCGUGAACGACGUCGCCGACACGGAGGUAGACGGGAAAACAAGUGGAGUUGGCACUCAUCGCCUCACCAGAUUCUCGGAGAACGACCCGGAGUUGGGGGGACCAAUGCGGCGAUACUUCUGCACCAUCGGUUCCAACGUCGCGGGGAACAAGAAGGACCUGCGCAACGACACGCGCACGCUACAGAACGGAUGUGGCAGAAGCGGAAGAGGCAGGUGGACUAUGACCGGUUGCGGCCGAUGCACCAAAGACGUCGUCACCUGCUUCAACAUCGACUCCCCCGACUCCUACAAGAACAAGCUGGUGUGGGAGAGGCCAUAA